UCCGCCCCGCCGUCAGAGGCCUGUAGAGAUGGCGGCCGGCGCGAGCGAUGAUGAGGACGAGGAGCUGGUGAGUGUCGGGACCCCGCUGGAGCCGCUGGAGGAAGGUGAGCGCAUUAAGAAGCCAGUUCCUCUCCAAGACCAGACUGUCAAAGAUGAGAAAGGACGAUACAAACGAUUUCAUGGAGCAUUCAGUGGUGGUUUCUCAGCCGGCUACUUUAACACUGUCGGAUCCAAAGAAGGAUGGGCACCAUCAGCCUUUGUAUCAUCUCGCCAAAACAGAGCAGAAAAAAAAGUUCUCGAGCCAGAAGAUUUUAUGGAUGAAGAGGAUCUUAGUGAACAUGGGAUAGCACCAAAGGAAAUUACAAUUACAGAUACAUUUGCUUCCCAAAGCAAAGACAAAAUCCAGGAGAAGGCCAGACAGCUAGCAGUAAUAGUUGCUCCCAUCCCUGGAGCUACAGUAUUGGAUGAGUUCAUCACACCUGCCAAAAUAACAAUUGGGAUUGACUUGUUGCGAAAAAUGGGCUGGAAAGAAGGACAAGGUGUUGGGCCUCGAGUAAAGAGGAAGCCAUGCAAGCAAAAACCCGAGCCUGGAGUAAAAAUAUAUGGGUGUGCUUUGCCCCCAGGAUCUGAAGAUUCGGAGGAAGAAGAGGAUGAAUAUCAGCCAGAAAAUGUGACAUUUGCCCCCAAAGAUGUGAUGCCUGUAGAUCUGACUCCGAAAGAAAAUGUCCAUGGACUGGGUUACAAAGGUCUGGAUCCCACCAAAGCUUUAUUUGGCAGUUCAGAAGAAUCUUUAAACAUUUUUAGUCUCAGUUCUGAAGAUUUAAGUCAACUUGGUGAUCUACGGCAUAGCAGAGGACGGAAACUGGGCAUUUCAGGACAGGCUUUUGGUGUUGGAGCUUUGGAAGAGGAAGAUGACGAUAUUUAUGCAAUCGAAUCCCUUUCCAAAUAUGACACCAUUCUGAAAGAUGAAGAGCCGGGCGAUGGGUUAUAUGGUUGGACAGCACCGCAGCAUUAUAAAAACAAGCCAGGAGUAGAGAGAGAACAGAAGUACAUUGGGAAAAUUUUGGAUGGCUUCUGCUUGGCAUCUAAGUCAGUAUCUCCCUCCAAGACUUAUCCCCCUCCAGACCUGCCAAAAGACUACAGGCCAGUCCAUUACUUUCGGCCCGUGAUAAAAGCCACUGGUGAAAACUUCCGCUUAGUGCAAGCGUUGGCAGAAUCCAGUGGGAAGCUUCAGAGUGACGUAGCAAUCCAAAGUAGACACCAGAAAACUGCUUCUGAGAGGAGGGAAGUGCUGGGUGAAGCAGCUCUGAAAGGCCCGACCACUUCUGUUCUAGAAUAUUUAUCAGAUAAAGACAAAGAGAGGAUCCAAGAAGUGAAACAGGCAGGACAACAACAAUUGAAAACUGACACUCUUCCUCAACUACCUGCCUAUAACAAAUUCCAGCCUCCUCCUGUCUCUGAUAUGCCACAGAAGUGGCGGUUGAUGCUGGGGUCCCAGUUAGCUAGAACUGGCUCUAGUGGCUUCAAGCCAUUUGCAGACAACCCAGAAAAGCAAAAGAGAUACGAACAUUAUUUAGAAAAUCUUGCACGUGGAAAGAAAGGCAAGUGGCAAAAAUGUGUGCCUGAAAGCUGUUUAGAUUCAAGUAUGACAGAGUGGGAGCGUGGUAGAGAACAAGACGAGUUCUCUCGUGCGGCUAUGUUCUACAAAACGUCCAGCUCUAUUUUAUCUUCAAGGUUUACUCCUGCAAAGCUGGAGGACGAUACUGAUAAAAUAGACGUUCCUCGCGAUCAAGAGACUAAUGUUGAUGACAAAGUGGCUGCUGCAAGGAUGAAGAUGUUUGGAAAGCUCACAAGGGAAAGGUUUGAAUGGCACCCGGAUAAGCUUUUGUGCAAAAGGUUUAAUAUUCCUGAUCCUUAUGCAGAGUCAUGUAUUGUUGGAUUGCCGACAGUGAAACGUGAGAAGUAUUCUGUAUUCAAUUUCUUGACCAUUACUUCAGAGUCGGAAUCAGAGAUGCAAAAUCAGCCGAGGAAAGUAGGCGUGCAACAGAAUAAUAUUCCUAACAAGCCAAAAAAAUCAUCCAGAUGGGAUGUGUCUGACAAAGAGAAGAAGAAAAAGGAUGCCAUCGGUGAAUUUAUAAGUUUGGCUAGAUCAAAGGUUGAUGUUCAGGAGCAGCCACCCACAGCAGUUGGAGCAGAGGCCAAGCGUGGGGCUGGGGACCUUGUUCCUACUCAGACAUUAGACCCAAGUAGUGGCCCAAGUGAAGUUGCAGUGGAAGAAGAAAGCAGGCCAUCCAUGGAUUUAUUUAAAGCAAUCUUUGCCAGUUCCUCGGAUGAGAAGUCAUCUUCUGAAGAAGAGAGUGACGGAGAGGAACAGACGGCAACAGCGUUGGAAGGAGAUUCUGAAGGCAGGAAGCCUUGUGACCCACCUGGUGUUCCAUUACCUGUUACUCAAGAAACUGAAUGUUUUACACCUGAGAUUUCUGAUACUGCAACUCCAACCUCAAAGGAAGCUGAUCAAGGACAAGAAUUUGGACCAAGACUGCCUCCCGUAGUUUAUUCUGGUAUGGCUGAAGUGGUUGAGAAACAGAAGUCCAAAAAGAGCAAAGAAAAACACAAGGGUAGAAAAGAACACAAACAUAAAAAAGAGAAGAAAAAGAAGCACAAGAAGUCCAAGCAGAAGGGCAAACACAAGAACAAGAAAUCUGAGAAGAACAGCAGCUCAGACACCACUGAGAGCAGAGACAGCAGCAGUGAAGAGGAAGGGAUGAAUAUAUCACCCCAGGGAUUUUUAAGAAGGCUGAAGCAUCUUCCACUUGUAAAGCGGUAGCUUGGAUUGCAUUUCUGGAUUCAAAACAGAUCUCCUCUAUGAUGGCAGAUCACCCAUAUAAAGCAUUGUUAAUGUCCUGUAAAUACAGUAUUUAUCUUGGAUUUAUUUCUUUUAAUUUCAGUUUAAAAAAUGAAAUGCUGAGUACUGCAAAAGAUUCUGUUCUUUGAGAGACGAUGAAAGUGCUGCAUUUUAAUAAGCAUGAGAAAAUUUUAAUAAACUAAAUUUGCUGAUCUUA